CAGUCUGAAAGCCGGAUUGAUUACGGCGGAGUUAUCGUUGAAUCGACUACCUCUGUCUGAAUUUCGCCGGGACGGGGGACCUGCCUUAAGCUCAGUAUUAGUUCAGUUCAGCUAAACAAAAGUAGUCAAUACUCUGUUCUACUUGACCCGCUACGGUUAACGUCAUGGAAAGUGUUUUCUGCAUUCUGUCAAAAUCGUCCGCUAAUGAUCCUAAAUCAUUUCGCAAAUAUCUCCAACAACACUUUCCAUAACGUGAACUGGUACCGGGUUGAGUAGAACUGAGUAUCAACUACUUUCGCUGAGGCAGAUCCCUGUAACCAAUCCAGCUUUAGACUAAGUUAACUCCGCCUACCCAAUUAACAUGUGGACACAGAAAUACAGAAAUAAAUAAAUGUUAAAAAAAAGAAGUAUAAAUACAUACAAGCAUAAAUGUGGAAAUUAAUGAAUAAAUGUAGAAAUAAGUAAAAAAAUUUAUCGCAAACAGUAUUAUUUAUGUAGGCCUAUUGAAUUAUUUAUUUUUGCAUUUAUUUAAUAGUACAUAAAUCAUUUUUUUGUCCUUCAUAUGUGGCGGGUGGGAGAUUAAGAUGCUGAGCGGUUUGACACCUGCGCCACUCCUUCACUCUCCCGCCUGCAGCGCUGCAGAGAGGAAACCUGGAUGUUUACUGAUCCACUGCGACUUCCUGACUUAAUUAGUCGGCUAUCUGCCGCGGCACACAAGCUGCUUGAAAUAUGAAAUGAGCCCAAACCUGAACUCGGCAACGCGCCCACGUUUCUGCAGCUGCAGGGAGAACUUUGUUUCAGUUAAAAGUCCCCGUGAAAUGAAAAUGCAUCACCUUCACCUUUGUUCACUGACCUUUCAUGUCAGAAUAUGCACCAUCAUUACAGCCAGUGGACUAAAUGUGGUUUUCACUUCUAAUUUGACCAAAACAACUGAACUAAAACCUAAAUAUGUGCUGUAGUCAUGUCUUUGUUGUUCAAAGAAAACAGGACUUCAUUUUGAGAAGAUGAUCUUGACACAAAGUCAAGUUGUCAUUGUAUAAAAGCAGGAGAGGAGAUCUGUGAUAACAAGAGCUACUACCAUUCACUGAUUGUCAUAAUUCUUAUUAAUACUAACUAAUUUCCAGCCACUUUUUUGUAGAAAAUGUAUUAACGAGUGUUAAUUGCAAUGAGAAAACAUUGACUUUAAAACAUCAGCUAAUAAAAACCUGUCACCUUUGAUUUAUUGCUAUCGUGAAAAUAAUUGUUGUUUGCAGCCUCACAGCUUUUAUUGAUUCAUUUAAAAACUUUUCAUAAAAGAACCUUUGUUAUUCCAAACACAAUUUCGUCAAAAUAUCACUUCAUUGUGCUCAUUUUAAAUUAAAAUGUUUUUUUCACAUGGUAUUCGUCUGCGGGUGGGUUUACUCCAGGUGACCCUACGUGUGUGCGACGUGACGACAGGUGCUCACAGGGGCUAGCGGAUGCUUCCAGAUGCAGAUCAAUGUGCCAUAUGCUUUGGGUCACGUGAUGACAACUGCCCCAUUUCCAUGACGACUGAGCAAACUCCAUCCUCGGAGGAGGCCUCAGAAAGAGCAAGUACACGUGAAACCGCGAUGGCUGUGUCUAGUUUUUGGGCCGUUAGAAUCCACGCAGAGACGCACUGAGACUAACUUCUCCCUGACGCCGGUUAACAUCAUGUGGGGAGAAACUGUGCCGUUGUGCAACCUCCAGAGCAGAUUCCUAAUCUGUGCAGACCUGCAUGAGAAACACGGCGAGGAUGCUACUGGACGACCAGCGGCUGCUGUUCCAACCAAUGGAAUAAAACAUAUGAGACUUACAGUGAACUCUGAUACUGUCGGUGGGUCUGGUCUCACUCCCAGUUGCUUUGAAAUGUUAUAUUGGAGGAAACUGUCUCCCCUCAAGGUCUGUGUAAUAGCCCUGGAGCUUUCAGUCGUGUCCUAUGAUCUUCAUCAGCAUGCCCCACAGCUUUGGCCACGGACGUCACCAGGACUGACCAGCAGACGCCUCGGCUGACGAGCCGUGCGGGUGCGCUUGGAUGUGCGCAACGGAGCAUGUGAGUGCCACUGCAGCUCUAACUUCCACACUUCUUCCUCCCCCAAAAAAGGUUUCAUUUGAGGGGAAAAAAACCCUUGGAACCUGUUGUCGACGAUGAUUUGUUGCGCGCUUGGAAUAUAUAUAUAUAUAUUUUUUUUUUACUCCAAUAAGUGAGCUCAUCCAAGAAUAGAGCGGCUGGAAAAGGGGGACGAGUCUGGGAACCGGGUUGGUGUGAUGUUCUGCGGCAUCGUGUGGGAAACAGCUCGACAACUUGGCGCUGCCCUCCGUUCUUCCGCGACUCCCCCCGGCAGAUCGACGACUCAGCACAUUUCUGACGAGGAUGGUUCGCGGGGAAGCUUUAUGGAUUUCACGGACUGUAAACUGAUUUUUUUUUUCUCUUCCUUCUCUUUCUCUUCCCCGUUAUGUGGAGGAUGGUUGCUAAAAAUAGCCCGAAUGCUGACGAGGCUACAAUGAACAGGUUGGUGUUCAGCUGAAACUUGAGAGACGUUUGGAACGAUGCUCACUUACAGGACAUGUUAAUCCACAGCACAGACUGAAAACAAGUGCAGCGUCAAGGACAUGAGACGUUCAUCUAUUUGGGUUUUAUUCACACCGAUGUAGUUCACGCGGGGUGGACGGAGACCAACAGGCGAUCUGGGAAGCAGCUUGUUGAUGGCACUGCGCACCGGGAGGACUUGGUUUGGGCAGGUCUUGCGCAGGGUCUCUCGGCUGCAGGGCUCCUGGUCCAGGCGAUCGAGCAGUCUCUUGUGUCUCUCCGCGAACCAGGAGCAGGGUCUGGGGGUCUGUCGCCGGGAUCAGCCAAAGGCGGGGGAUUUCCAUUGCUCCUCCGACUCCGGCGUCAGCCGCGGCCACCCUCACGGGAGCGCACCUUUCUGCGCCGCCGCCUCCAGGCGCUGUGCACACGGCUUCCCCCACGCCCGCUGCGCCUUUCCAGGGAACCCGAGGGGACAUGAACCCCUCGGUCGCCGGUUCCUCGUGGCCAUGAAGCGGCAAAACGUGCGGACCCUGUCCCUGAUCAUUUGCACGUUCACGUACCUGCUGGUCGGGGCCGCCGUCUUUGACGCCCUGGAGUCGGACUUCGAGAUGCGGGAGAAGGAGCAGCUGGAAGCCGAGGAGAAGCGUCUCCAGGGGAAAUAUAACAUCAGCGAGGAUGAUUACCGCAGACUGGAGACCAUCAUCAUGGAGGCAGAGCCCCACAGAGCCGGGGUGCAGUGGAAAUUCGCAGGGUCAUUUUACUUUGCCAUCACGGUCAUCACCACCAUAGGCUAUGGCCACGCGGCGCCGGGGACCGACGCGGGGAAGGCCUUUUGCAUGUUUUACGCCGUCCUGGGAAUCCCUUUGACUCUCGUCAUGUUCCAGAGUCUGGGCGAGAGGAUGAACACCUUUGUCAAGUACCUCCUGAAGCGCAUCAAGAAGUGCUGCGGCAUGAGCAUCACCGACGUGUCCAUGGAGAACAUGGUCACCGUGGGAUUCUUCUCCUGCAUCGGCACGCUGUGCAUCGGGGCCGCCGCCUUCUCCCAUUACGAGGACUGGAGCUUCUUCCAGUCUUACUAUUACUGCUUCAUCACACUAACAACUAUAGGCUUUGGGGACUUUGUGGCCCUCCAAAAGAACCGGGCCCUCCAGAAGAAGCCCCUGUAUGUGGCCUUUAGCUUCAUGUACAUCCUGGUGGGCCUGACAGUCAUCGGGGCCUUCCUCAACCUGGUGGUGCUCCGCUUCCUGACUAUGAACAGCGAGGACGAGCGGCGGGACGCGGAGGAGCGGGCCUCGCUGGCUGGCAACCGGAACAGCAUGAUCAUCCACAUCCAGGAUGAGUCGCUGCCGCGAGGCCGGCAGCGGCGCAAGCCAUACCGGGCGGAGGUGACUGAUUUGCAGUCAGUCUGCUCCUGUAUGCACUACCACUCGCAUGACUUUGGCAGCUCUGGGGGAGGGAUGGGAGGUCUGGGCUGUGCCUUCUCCCAUCAGAACUCAUUCAGCUCGCAGCUGAACCCCAACCAGUACUUUCACUCAGUCUCCUACCGGAUCGAGGAGAUCUCGCCCAGCACCUUGAAAAACAGCUUCUUCCCUUCGCCCAUCAGCUCGGUGUCGCCGGGCCUCCACAGCUUCUCGGACAAUCACCAGCUCAUGAGGAGAAGGAAAUCUAUCUAAGCCCCCGACACACACGGGACUAAUGAGUUUCCAUGUUUUCUACACAAGGUCAAACAUUUCCAAUGCUGCUCCUUACCAAAUCUAAUUUCAGCACUCCCCCCCCCCCCC